AACGUUCACGUAGCUAACUUCACACGUAGCGGAAAAAUCCCUAGUUGUGCCACGAUUACGUUUACGUACACAAACCAAAUUCUCUGUUAUUCUACGAUGUGAUCAUAUGUUUACAAUAAUCAAUCAGUAAAAAGUAAAUAAAAUGUUACAAGAGGACUCAAACGGCGAAGCCUCAUUUGAAAUAAUCGACAAGAAGCAGGACGAUGCCUCGAAUGACAAGACAGAAUCUCUGAGUAGCGUGUCAUCUCCGUACUCGAUACCUUCCCCAGGGGGUGUCGCUCUGCCGGGUGGAAAUUUGCUCUCGAAUUUACCACCUCCGACAAAUCUCCCUGAUUUCACACUGUGGCAGUCUCAAGCAAUCCCAGCACCUACCCCUUUACCUCCAAACAUCGCGCCUGCGGCUACACAAGCGGCCCCCGCACCGGUUAACGUCCAACCGUUCCCCCAAACCCAGUUUAGUGCUGCCAUACCGCCGAGUAAAGGUGUUCAACAUGGACCAGUUCCCCAAACUAGUGCAGACGCAGGACAGGGGGGCGGGGGACUGAUAGGCUGGAUGAAAGAUGCAGUCUCCAGCGGUGGCAUAUUAUCAAAGGUUGCGGAAAAGGCGAAAAACUCCGUAGAUUCACUCAUCACAACCCUAGACCCACAAAUGUCGGAGUUCAUUUAUUCUGGAGGGGACGUGGAGCUUGCUGUUGUAUCGCAAGACCCGGACGAAGUCGCCCCCAUUCGUGAGGCAAUUUUUUCAGUAUUUGGUAAAGCUUGGGUGAAUGGGAUUAGCGUUAAAGUUGAUGAAAGGAAACACCAAGCUGUAGGUUUUGAAGAAGGGAUUAAGAGGGCGGAAGAAAAGCUAAAAGCGGCGUUAAACUCGAGUCAAGUUCCAACAAUUGCUAUUGAGAAUAUUCUUUUACAACAAAACGAUGAAUGGUUUGACUUAAGCGUCUUAGUUUUGAAAGAUGUGGAGAAAAAGAUUUUGCUUAAAACAUAUACUCAAACGACACCAAUUCCGCUUGAUUCUUUUGUGAAGUUGGCCGAAAAAGAAAUGCCCAGCUAUGCGAAAGGGUGCGAUUCAACCGAAAAACUACUAGCGGCGUAUUUACAAGUUUGUAAAAAUAAUUGGCAACAGGGGGUGAGUGGGGUUGCUAGAAAAGAAACCCUAUUUCUAGCAGCGAGGACACUUGUUACUUUGUAUAAAAACAAAAUCACUAAUUAAAUAUCGUACUUACUGGAAUAUAAAAUUAAUGAUAUAA